AUGUCAGCGUCGCUAAUAAAUCGUUCGCUGAACAAUAUAAGAAAUGAGUUAGAAUUUUUGAAGGAAUCAAACGUCAUAUCAGGCGAGCUCUUCCAUUUCAUUGACAGCAAUUUGCCUGGAAAAUGGGAUGAAAACUCAAAAUCAGCCAACAAUGCGAGCACAGAGGAGUAUGUGGAGGCUUUGUACGAUUUUGAAGCUCAACAGGAUGGAGACUUGUCCUUGAAAACGGGUGAUAAAAUACAAAUUUUAGAGAAAAUCUCUCUGGAUUGGUAUAAAGGCAAAGCAAACGAUAUGAUCGGCAUAUUUCCCGCGAACUACGUAAAACCUGCUUUUACAAGAUCAACUUCACCCGAUUUUGAAAAAACCCCUUUGAGCUCUAGAGUUUCUCGUCCUAGCGUUCCUCCCCCAUCAUAUGAACCCGCCGUUCCAGAGUACUCUUCACAACAAGUCUCAGCACCUAAUGUCCCUCCGCUGGGUUAUGUGCAAGCACCACCUCUACAACAAAAUCAAGCUCCUUUACCUUAUCCUCCUUCAUUCACUAAUUACUAUCAACAACCACAACAGCAAUAUGCUCCAGCCCCACAACAAGCACAACCACAACAACAAAGUAGCUCAGCUAGUAGUGCAUUCAAAAGUUUCGGUAGCAAAUUGGGAGAUGCCGCUAUAUUCGGUGCUGGUUCCACCAUUGGUAGUGAUAUUAUCAAUAGCAUUUUUUAG